UGAUUUUAACAGCCUUCGCUAAGUUACCGCUCUCGAAACGUGACUCGAAACGUAAUUCGUCGUCACCACCGGCUGUCGUGCAAGCGGACAGGAACAGACGGGACCCUCCUACAGUAGAACGACUGAACUGGAAAUCGAUACACAUUACUGUAUAAUUUAACAACAGAAUGGGUCGUAAGGUUGUAGUCGCUGUAUGUACUUUGAAUCAAUGGGCUUUAGAUUUCGAUGGAAAUCUCAAUAGAAUAUUGCAGUCCAUUCAAGAGGCGAAGGAGAUGGGAGCUUUGUAUCGAACAGGACCCGAGUUGGAAGUGACCGGUUACAGCUGUGAGGAUCAUUUCCACGAAUCUGAUACGUUUUUACACAGCUGGCAAGUUUUAGUCGAACUGCUCAAGUCUCCCACGUGCAAGGAUAUACUGGUCGACGUUGGUAUGCCGGUCAGGCAUCGGAAUGUAUCUUACAAUUGUAGAGUAGCGUUCUUGAACAAAAAGAUACUGCUGAUUAGACCAAAGAUGUUGCUAUGUGAAGAUGGAAAUUACAGGGAGUCUAGGUGGUUUUCCUGUUGGACUAAAGAAAGACAAGUAGAAGAUUAUUACUUACCAAGAAUGAUCACUGCUAUAACUGAUCAAACUACUGUUCCAAUUGGAGACGCUGUUCUUUCUACGAAAGACACGUGCAUUGGAUUUGAAAUUUGUGAAGAGUUGUGGAAUCCUCAAAGUCGUCAUAUCCCUAUGAGUCUAGAUGGUGUAGAAAUCAUAGCGAACGGAUCCGGAAGUUACAUGGAACUAAGAAAAGCCUAUGUAACCGUCGACCUGGUUAAGAGCGCAACUUUCAAAAGCGGUGGCGCGUACUUGUUCAGUAACCUUCGAGGUUGCGAUGGACAGAGAAUUUACUUCAAUGGUUGUUCUUGUGUUGCGGUCAACGGACAUAUAGUCAGUCGCGGGCUGCAGUUCGCUUUACCCGAUGUUGAAGUCAUAACAGCUACUAUAGAUUUGGAAGACAUCAGGUCAUACAGAGCCAGUAUCAGGUCGAGAUCACAUGUAGCAGCAUCAAAUCCACCUUUUCCAAGAAUUCCCGUCGACUUCGCCCUAUCAGACGAUGAUGACAUAUACCUCACUAUCAGCCCGCCUAUAGACUGGAAGUAUCUCACGCCGGAGGAGGAAAUCGAAUUGGGUCCAGCCUGUUGGUUAUGGGACUAUCUUCGGAGAUCAGGUCAAGGUGGUUUCUUCCUCCCACUGAGCGGCGGAGUGGACUCCGCUAGCACAGCCUGUAUAGUGUUCUCUAUGUGCACACUCAUAUGUGAAACUAUACAUAAAGGAGAGAGCCAAGUGUUGUAUGAUCUUCGUAAAAUCCUCUGUCAGAGUGAUUACACGCCGUCAGAUCCCAUGGAGCUCUGUAACCGGCUGCUGGUCACGUGCUACAUGGCCUCUGAGAACUCCAGCAGUGAGACCAAACAACGAGCCUUACAGCUCGCGAGUGAAAUAGGCAGCUACCACUUCCCUAUCACUAUCGACGCGGCCGUCAGUGCUGUUAUAGGAAUAUUUACCACCGCUACGGGUCUGGUGCCCAAGUUUAGGAGCAAAGGUGGAUGUCCCAGGCAGAAUCUGGCCUUGCAGAAUAUUCAGGCUCGUCUCCGCAUGGUGCUGUCAUAUCUGUUCGCCCAACUGAUGUUGUGGGUGCGAGGCAGGCCGGGCGGCUUGCUGGUGUUAGGAUCCUCUAAUGUGGAUGAAGCGUUGAGGGGUUAUAUGACCAAAUACGACUGCUCCAGCGCCGACGUCAACCCCAUAGGCGGCAUAUCCAAGACUGAUUUGAAAGCAUUCCUCGGAUAUGCCAAGAACCGUUUUUUCCUGCCGUCCAUAAACGAGAUCCUGCAAGCUCCGCCGACCGCCGAAUUAGAGCCUUUGGCGGACGGGCAAAUAACACAAACCGAUGAACAGGACAUGGGCAUGACCUACUCCGAGCUGUCGGAGUUUGGGAAGCUAAGGAAAACAUACCACUGUGGCCCCUACAGCAUGUUCCACAAACUUGUCCAUACAUGGGGUAACAAGUGCACCCCCCAAGAGGUGGCUGAGAAAGUGAAACACUUCUUCCGUUGCUACGCCAUCAAUCGUCACAAGAUGACCGUAUUGACCCCGUCCUACCACGCGGAGAGCUACAGCCCGGACGACAACCGCUUCGACCACCGGCCGUUCUUAUACAGGGUGCACUGGAACUGGCAGUUCAAGGUCAUAGACGAAGCGGUCGCUCAAAUGGCUAAGGACAAACGCAUCAAGCAAGGCGACAAUACACCAGAGCAGAACACUAACUUGGUACAUUUCAAUAGGAACCGAGAAAGAAAAGGAGUUCUUAUAUAAAACUAUAUAUAAUAGAAUAUAUAUAUAUUCUAUUAUAUAUAUAUUCUUUAAACAAAAGCUAAAAAGAUAAUGAAGACUUAUUUGUAUUUAUUAUAUUUUUCAUCAUAAUGCCGACAUUGCCUUUAUCGAUACAUAAUUUUAGUCCUCUUAUAUAUAUAUAUAUAUAUAUAUCUGUAUAUAUAUAUAUAUAUAUAUAUAUACGUAUAUUGUGCCUGAGAUCACACGACCAACAUAAAACUUCUUUAGCGCCAUCUACAUAUUAAUAUUGUAUUUCAAUAAAAAAAAAUGCACAAAAAUAGUUAUAUAUUUUUAAGAACGUAAAAUAUUUUUACGUAACUAUUGUUAAGUACAAGUUGUUUUAAAAUAAACGCUUAUAACACAUAAUUAAAUUUUAUUUACAAC